CUCUCGCUUUUUCAACAUUUCACUUGUUUGAACAAAAAAAAAAAAGUAUUUAAGUUACAAAUUAAAGCUAAAAGCGUUCCAAGACUUUCGAGGCCAACGGCAUAAAUAUACAGGAAUAUAUAUAUUUGCAUAUACACAUAUUUGCAUCAGCAUGGAUCAAGAUAAGCAGGAGCCAAAAUCAGUGGAGCUAUUGGAGGAGGAGAAGCUAAUCGCAAAGAAAUAUCCAAUGGGCUUACCCAAUGCUGGAUCCGUAUUUUUGCAGAAGCGCCUGAAUAAGGGGCACAAAUAUUUCGAUUCGGGCGAUUACCAGAUGGCCAAACAGAAUCCCACCCAGCCGAUGCAGGCGAAUAAAGUGAUUACCGGUAGUAUUAUUCCAACGCCCGAAACUGUGACAAAGCUCAAAUGUUUCUUGAUCAAAACUUCCAAUUUGGCUAAGAAAUAGACGUAUAUACAUGCACAUGUGCAUAUAUCUGCAGAUAUCAUUCUGUAUAUGUAGAUAUAUGUAUAUAAAUAACGUUGUGGUGCCAUAAUCAAUUUGAGAUAAUUAUAUUCAUUAGGAAAGCUAAAUUAUUGUCACUACUCUCUAUGUAAUUGUU